ACAAAGACACUAAUAGUUUCCUUUUUGCAGUGCAUGGUUUCUUUCUUUCUUUUUUCUUUUUUUUUUUAAAAAAAAAAAUCUUUGUCUUUCGUCGGUCUCAGGGAUCUCCAAAUCCAGACAAAGAAGGGUCUCUCACAUGUUCUUUGUUAAAAGUCCAUAACCUUUGAGUUACAUCAGAGUCACUACUCACUUCAUUUUCUUGAAAAUCACAGUACUGGUAGUUGCAACCCUGUAGCUUUGUCCUUCUACUCUCUUCUCCACUCUACAGUAAAAAAAAUUAUCGUUUUCUCUUUUUUUUAUCAGUAUUUUCCUUUGGAUACAAAAGAUCGUGCGAGAUAAAUUUGGAAGGUAGAAAAGCAUUGGUUUCUCUUCAAGUUGUGGUGUUAAAGUUCUGAGAAGAGCAUUUUUCAAGGUGGUAUAGUUUUUUGCAACAUUUUUCUCAGUUUUUGAUAUCACUCAGUCACUCACUGAUGGGUUUGGAAGUGUUUGGUUCUGUUCUAGUUCUGACACUCUUCUUGAAGCACUUGGCAUCUCAGCAACCAAACACUGAUGAUUUCUUUGUGUCAGAGUUCUUGAAGAAGAUGGAUUUAGCAUCCUCCCAGGUCUACAACUUUUCUUCAGCUUCUGUUUGUUCAUGGCAUGGGGUUUCAUGUGAUGCCAAGAGAGAACAUGUUGUUGGGUUAGUCUUUUCUGGCAUGGGAAUUUCUGGUCCUGUUCCAGAUACUACCAUAGGAAAGCUCAGCAAGCUUCAAGCUUUGGACCUUAGCCACAACAAAAUCACGGACUUGCCUUCUGAUUUCUGGAGUUUUGGCUUGCUCAAGAGCCUUAACCUCUCCUCCAAUCAGAUUUCUGGUUCAUUGACUAACAACAUUGGAAACUUUGGUUUGCUACAAGUGUUUGACUUGUCCAGCAACAAUUUCUCUGGGCAAAUUCCUGAAGCUAUUAGUUCACUGAUGAGUCUGAAAGUCCUCAAACUUGACCACAACAGGUUCCAGCAAAGAAUACCUUCUGGGAUUCUCAAGUGUCACUCUCUAGUUUCCAUUGACCUUUCUUCAAAUCAACUAAGUGGGGCAGUUCCAGAUGGUUUUGGUGAUGCUUUUCCUAAUCUCAUUUCCUUGAACCUUGCUGGGAAUAGUAUUAAUGGCAGUGAUUUAGAUGUUUCUGGGUUGAAGUCCAUUGUGAGUCUCAACAUAUCAGGCAAUUCCUUUAAUGGUUCUGUGAUGAGUAUGUUUCAUGGAAGGCUUGAGGUCAUGGACCUUAGCAGAAACCAAUUUGAAGGUCACAUUUCUCAGGUACACUCCAUCUCUAACUACAAUUGGUCUCAUUUAGUUUAUUUGGAUUUGUCAGAGAAUCAGCUGGUUGGGGAGAUUUUCCAAAAUUUGAAUGAAUCCAAGAAUCUAAAGCACCUUAAUCUUGCUCACAAUAGAUUUAGCAGACAGAAAUUCCCCAAGAUUGAAAUGCUCUCGAGAUUGGAAUAUCUGAACUUGUCCAAAACUAGUCUGAUUGGUUACAUUCCUGCUGAAAUCUCAAAACUUAGUAAUUUGAGUGCACUUGAUGUUUCUAUGAAUCAUCUUAUAGGGAAAAUCCCUUUACUAAGCAAUAAAAACCUCCAAGUUCUUGACCUUUCAAACAACAAUUUGAGUGGAGAUGUCCCUUCAUCAGUCAUAGAAAAACUUCCUUUAAUGGAGAAAUACAACUUCUCUUAUAAUAACUUAACCUUCUGUGCUUUGGAAAUCAAACCAGCUAUCCUCCUAACAGCAUUCCAUGGAUCAGUGAACAGUUGCCCAAUUGCUGCAAACCCAAGUCUUCUCAAAAAAAGAGCCACUCAAGAUAAGGGAAUGAAGCUAGCUCUGGCGUUGACCCUCUCAAUGAUAUGCUUGGUUGCUGGGCUUUUGCUUCUAGCAUUUGGUUGCCUUAAGAAGACAAAACCAUGGCCUGUUAAGCAAACUUCAUACAAAGAAGAACACAACAUGUCAGGUCCAUUUUCAUUCCACACUGAUUCAACCACUUGGGUGGCUGACGUUAAGCAAGCGACAUCUGUCCCAGUAGUAAUCUUCGACAAGCCACUGUUAAAUAUUACAUUCGCAGAUCUAUUGGCUGCAACUUCAAAUUUUGAUAGGGGUACCCUUUUGGCUGAAGGAAAAUUUGGGCCUGUUUAUAGAGGUUUUCUACCUGGUGGUAUUCAAGUAGCAGUUAAAGUUCUGGUAGUUGGAUCUACUCUGACAGAUAAAGAAGCUGCAAGAGAGCUUGAGUAUCUUGGUAGAAUCAAGCACCCCAAUCUUGUUCCUCUAACUGGAUACUGUGUAGCUGGGGAUCAGAGGAUUGCCAUAUAUGACUACAUGGAGAAUGGAAACUUGCAAAAUUUGCUUUAUGACUUGCCACUUGGAGUACUACAAAGGCCAGAUGAUUGGAGCACAGAUACAUGGGAAGAAGAAGAUGACAGUAACGGGAUUCGGAAUGCAGGAUCGGAAAGAGUGCUCACAACUUGGAGAUUUCGCCAUAAAAUCGCACUCGGGACUGCCCGAGCAUUGGCAUUUCUGCAUCAUGGAUGCUCCCCACCGAUCAUUCACAGAGAUGUUAAGGCCAGCAGUGUUUAUUUGGAUUAUAACUUGGAGCCAAGAUUGUCAGAUUUUGGACUGGCUAAGAUUUUCGGGAGUGGCUUGGAUGAGGAGAUUGCACUUUGUUCACCUGGUUAUGCUCCACCAGAGUUUUCUCAACCAGAAUUCGAUGCCUCAGUUCCAAAAUCCGAUGUGUACUGUUUUGGGGUUGUUCUCUUUGAGCUACUAACCGGGAAGAAGCCGGUUGGAGAUGAUUAUCCUGAUGAGAAAGAAGCCUCUUUGGUUAGUUGGGUCAGAGGACUAGUGAGAAAGAACAAAGCUUCAAGGGCUAUCGAUCCAAAAAUUCGCGAUACUGGAGCAGAAGUGCAGAUGGAGGAGGCCCUUAAAAUUGGUUAUCUUUGCACUGCUGACCUUCCUUCCAAGCGACCGAGCAUGCAGCAAAUAGUUGGACUUCUUAAAGAUAUUAAACCUUCUGCUAAUUAGCAUGAUGAUAACGAAAUGUUGUUGUUUCUUUUAUAUUUAUCACCUUUUUUUCUUGCCACUGGAUGAGGCUCCCAUGCAACCAUGAAGCAAAUGUAAAGCAGUUGAAUUACUAAAAGUCUGUUUUAUCAUGAUGUCUUAUCAUUCUACUCUCAAUCUCUAGUAGGUGAUUUUUUUUUGUUGAAUAUAUAUUCACCAGAAUUUGAUCUUUUGAACUAA